CUUCCAAUAUGGCCGCGCCCACAGGGUUGUAGCAGCUGAUAGUAAGUUUGGUCCAUGUGAGCGGGCUUUAAAUGACAGUUGAGGAGCAGCAGGCUGCAGCUGACAUCUCCACAGAGAGACGGAGGAGUUUGUGAACGCCUGCCUCAACCUCAGCACCGCCAACAUGAGCAAGAACGAUUUAAUCCUCCCCAAGGACUUUCCUCAGCUGAAGAACGACACGUUCCUGAGAGCGGCACGAGGAGAGGAAACCGAACAUGUCCCAGUCUGGUGUAUGAGACAGGCUGGACGAUAUCUGCCAGAGUUCCGUGAGUCCAGAGCAGGGAAGGACUUUUUUGAGACAUGUCAGUCACCAGAGGCAUGCUGCGAGCUCACUCUGCAGCCUCUGAGGCGUUUUUCCUUCGAUGCUGCCAUAAUCUUCUCUGACAUCCUAGUCGUCCCACAGGCCAUGGGCAUGGAUGUCCAGAUGGUGGCAGGUAAAGGUCCAACAUUCCCAGAGCCCCUGAAGGAGCCAGAGGACCUGCAGCGGCUGCGGGUCAAAGUGGAUGUAGGCAAGGAGCUGGCCUACGUCUUCAGAGCCAUCACACUGACCAGACACAAAAUCGAGGGCAAAGUCCCACUAAUCGGAUUCAGCGGCGCUCCGUGGACACUCAUGUCCUACAUGAUAGAAGGCGGAGGCUCCAACACCCACUCUAAGGCGAAGCGUUGGCUGUACCGGCACCCAGAGGCCAGCCACAUCCUGUUGAAGAUGCUGACGGAUGUGAUUGUGGAGUAUCUACUAGGACAAGUGUCAGCUGGUGCUCAGGCUCUGCAGGUGUUUGAAUCCCACGCCGGCAUUUUGGGACCUGCAGAGUUUAAAGAGUUCUCUCUGCCUUACCUCCGAGACAUCGCCCGCCGCGUCAAAGAUAAACUGAAGGAGGCAGGACAGGAUGUUCCCAUGAUUGUGUUUGCAAAGGAUGCUCACUACGCUCUAGAGGAUCUGUCUGAGUCUAAUUAUGAAGUAGUCGGGCUGGACUGGACCAUUGACCCACAAUCAGCACGGGAGCGCACAGGAGGGAAGGUCAGCCUGCAAGGAAACAUGGACCCGUGUGCUCUGUACGCUCCAAAGGAGCGCAUUUCUGACAUCGUGAAGAAGAUGUUAGACGGUUUUGGCGCAAGGGGCUACAUCGCUAACCUCGGCCACGGCGUUUACCCCGACAUGGAGCCGGAGAACAUCGGCGCCUUCGUCGAAGCUGUGCACCAACACUCUAAACAGCUCAUCAAACAGAUGUGAAGAUAAAUAUGUCUUAUGAGGCUGAUGGAAGAAAAAUGUAUGAUGAUGCAUUAUUUUAUUAAAAGAGGAAAGUAGCAGGUGUCUGUGUUUGAAUCUCAAAACAACAAAAAUCAUUAAA